AUGCGUUCAAUUCUCUGGCUCUACCUCGUCACGGGGAUUCGAUCCAAAAUCGUCGACGAUCUUCCGCAUUGUUCAAGGAGUACAGUAAUGGAGGGCGAGAUCCGCGAAUACGAUAACAUGGGCAGGCCUAAAAUCUACAGCUCAGUACAAUUAUCUAUGGCGUUGCACGAGUUGUCAUGUAUGACUAUAAGGACGAACGGUAGCGAGUCUUCCAUUCUGCACACCUUAGAAUUCCUAAGAUUAGAACAGCAUCAUCCAGUAUCCGGUAUGUACCAAUUUGGGAUUCCCAAGAUCACAUCGGCGUGUAUUUGCGACUGCGCUGGAGGCGAUGCUCCUUGCAAAAUGGAACAUUACAAUUACCGUAACUGCUCGUCUGGAGUUCUUUGCUACCGCACAUAUCAUCCGGUGCAAUCGAAUGUAGGCUGUAUCGUUGAACAGAAAAGUGAAGCAUGCUGUGAACUGCGUAUUGAACCAUUCAAGGACUGGGUCUUCACUGCGAUUAAAAUAAGUCAGCCAGCCACGAUUCUUGUCUUUAGAUACAGCAUCUAUGACCGCUUCAAUAAGCAAUGGCGUAAAACUUCUGAGGAGGUCGUGGAGGUGCCUUUGAACCGCGGUCUUUCGAAGUUUGAUUUCAAUGGCAGAAGUAAGAUAGAGAUGGUAGUAACUGGAAGUCGUCCAAACAGAGAGCUGCAGCCAGGGAUGUACUUCCUCAGAGAAGGAACUCAUGAAAUCCGUGGCUAUAUCUCUAUUAAUGAAGUUGGAGAGAGCAACCUUGAGAAGCUUGGUUGGAUGAGGUAUUCGGAAGGGAAAUGGGACAUCAGGAAUGGAAACGUCAAAAUAAAACAGGCACAUCACGUGAAUGUUGCCGAUUGCAAGCAACAGCAGUAUACUUCCACAAUAAAUGGAGAACAAAUGGUGCUCGUUUCUGGAAACGACAUCGAGGAGAAUUACGAUCUCGGUCGAGCCCUAACUAGUGAUCCUUGGGUAGAAACAGCAGUAUAUCAAGGUCGAAACGUGAGGGUUGAACACGCUGAAGGAACUAGUGUGCUGGUGUAUAUAACUUCUGAAACCCGUCCUCAUAUGCUGCGUCACAUCUCGCAGAUGGAAUCUUUUGAUGGGCGUAUUCAAGUUGAUCGUGAGAGUAAUCGAUACUUGAACAUUUCGUUUCUGGGAACGAAGGGUACUCUGAUAGGAAAUAUUUUUUCAUCGGAGAAGAAGGAUCAGAUCGACAUGGCUUUCUCAGUUCAAGUGGAGGGUUCAAAGUUGCGUGACUACAGAUCGAUAAUAUCCAUUCCCUCUUCGAUCAACAGCAGUCGAUAUGUGUGCUUUCACCCGUCCGGUGAUGUGGAGGGAGAGAGGUGCAAAUGGUUUAGAUAUGAGGCACAAAGCCUCAACAGCUACCGAGUCGCUCAUCGCUGGCAGAGUGGGAAAGGAGAGUGUGCAGGGUGCAAUGAGCGAGGGGCCGAGCUGUUCUUGUCGUCUCUGGACCCUCGACAGUGGUUAAACGGGAUCAACACACCCGUGGAGGCCUUCACUGUUGCUGUCGAAGUGGCGAUAGGUGUCUGCCUGUUGUUCGCAUUCGUUCUCAUAUGUACUAAAUGCUUCAUCCCUCUGUUGUGUUGUACACUCUCUGUCGCAAAAUCUCCAAAGAAGUAG